GCAUCAAUAUAUACCUAUGUGGCAAUGUCCAUUCUCCUCACUGAGCAACGAGGACAAGAGUUAGAGAUAGACACGCACAUGAGAAGAAGAGAAGUCACAACCAAACACAGAUCCAGCAGCACUCAAAACAUCAGCAAUUGAUUCCAUCCCCUGUUCGAUUCACUUCACAGAGAUAAAGAACAAGAGAGCCCUUCAAGGCUCUGGGAUGUACCAUACACCAUUCAGGGCUCUAUUAUUCGGUGGUGGCGAGAAAGUUCAAGUUCAAGCUCAAGUUCAAGAGAUUGGGUGGGAGAAGGAGCGAUAAACACACAUAUAUUCCAGUUUCAGAUCCUUCUAUUGUCUUUGUGGAUCUUCCAAGAUUCAAUUCUUCUCCUCAAUUUCUGUUACAUGUUCUUGGGUGCAGAAGAAAGAAAGGUGGACAUGGCUGCUGCGAAGGCUGGGAAAGAAGCGAAGUGUGUUGAGGAGGUAGAGGGUGUCGUUUCCUCGGUGAAGUGCUGCUGCUGCGGGCUGGUGGAGGAGUGCACGCAGGCCUACAUUGCUCGGGUAAAGGAGCGGUUUGGCGGCCGUUGGAUUUGCGGGCUGUGCGCGGAGGCGGUGAAGGAAGAGAGGGUGAGGGAGAAGAAGAUGAUCAGCAUGGAUGAAGCUCUGGACCGACACAUCGGGUUCUGCCAAGAGUUUCGUUACUCGGCUCCUAAUGAAGAGGAUCUUGUACAUGCUGUGAAGCAGAUCCUCUUCCGCAGUCUUGAUUCUCCUAGGAAGGAACGUUUCAGUUGUAGACCUCUUGGUAGAUCUCAGAGUUGCUUCUCAACUAUGCAAGUAACUACACCACCACCAGAGUCACCCUCAGAGUGAGGGAUUCGGCUUAACUGCAGUCAAUUUUUGGUGCGGUCACUGCAGUUGAAGGAUAUUAGCUGUGAGUUGAAGAACAGAUGGUUCAGCUUUGAGUUUAACAACUCAAAUGUAGAUCAUGUUCUCUAAAUCUGAGCUGUCUGAUUUUCAACAAAUGGCCGGCAUUUUUUAACUGCAGUGACUGUAGCGAAAAUUGAGAGGGAUAAAUGACCAUUGUUUCAGGAGUUUAUUUUUGUGCUGAGUACGGUUUCUAUAGCUGCAAUCAAUCAAAUAUCAAAAUGUGUUAAAACAGUAAUAAGAAAAUAAAGUUUAUUACUAAGGUUGUUUUAUUAUCAUUCUGAUUUGAUUGAUUGUGAUUAUAGAUGCUGUAUUCAUACAGGAAUUACUCAGAUUUAUUGGGGGUACUAGUUAGACAACCCCCCUUAAAAAUAAACAGUGAAUAAUUGCAGGCAUUUUGGCCUCAGCUGUUGUGUCCUGAGUUAAUUAUUUUGUUGUCUUGUGUUCUGUUUGAUCUGGUAGGUGUUUUGUUUUUAGGAUUGUGCUGUAUGUCAAGAUAUUUUGUUAGUCAUUUGUUUGGUCAUUUGUUUGGGCAUUUGUGAUUGAGUGGAUGAUUGUCGACAGAAGUUUUCCUUCCUUGUCCUUGACCUCAAUCUGAAUGUCAAUUGGUUGUAAAUAUCCUAUUCAUUACUAGCAAUGGAAUAGUAGUUUCUUUU